CUAUUAUCCCACGGUUACUAUAGGUGCCUUUUGGUCUCACUCAGUUUUUAGUAAAUACUUCCCUGUAGUAAUAGUUUGCAGUUUAGGUAUAGUUUGCCUUUAAAUACAUUCUCCCCUCCCCCAUAUGAUUCGCCUGUCUAUUAACCUGUUCCUGUCCUGCAGCUGGUAUGUUGCUAUUAAGUGCUCUUGUUUCUCCCCAGUGAGUGGAAGCUGCUGCCCCUCUAUAGACCGAGGCUUCUCCCCAGUGCUGCACAGCUGGUUCCCCCCAAUGAGACGAGUACAGGAUCAGUUUGUUAUGUCUGCCCGCUGGUUAUUUUGUUGCAGCCUGAGUCAGUCUGUCUCCCCUCCCUCCCAUGCUUUUCCGCUGCUCACUCUCCGUGUCCUGUCUCUUCUCUCUCUCAAGUUGGGGGAGAUCCCGGCCAUGUCUCUGACCCCUCCUAACAGCAGUGAUGCCUGUCUCAGCAUCGUACACAGUCUCAUGUGCCACCGGCAGGGGGGGGAGAACGAGGGCUUUGCCAAGAGAGCCAUUGAGAGUCUCGUCAAGAAACUGAAGGAGAAGAAAGACGAGCUGGACUCCCUCAUCACUGCCAUUACUACUAAUGGAGUGCACCCCAGCAAGUGCGUUACCAUCCAGCGAACCUUGGACGGGAGGCUUCAGGUAGCCGGCCGUAAAGGUUUCCCACAUGUGAUCUACGCUCGUUUGUGGCGCUGGCCGGACCUGCACAAGAAUGAGCUGAAACACGUUAAGUUCUGCCAGUUCGCCUUCGACCUGAAGUACGACAGCGUGUGCGUGAACCCCUAUCACUACGAGCGGGUGGUUUCUCCCGGCAUUGGUCUGAGUAUCCCUAGCACUGUGACCACCCCAUGCCGGUCAGUAAAAGAGGAGUAUGUCCAUGAGUGUGAAAUGGAUGCAUCUUCAUGUCUCCCAGCAUCCCAGGAACUUCCGCCAGCCAUCAAACAUGCCUCCCUUCCACCAAUGCCACCUACAGAGUCCUACAGGCAGCCACUGCCCCCACUCACCCUACCCAAGAGCCCCCAGACUGCUAUCAGCAUGUAUCCCAACAUGCCCCUCUCUCCCUCUGUGGCUCCUGGUUGCCCUCUCAUACCUAUGCAUGGUGAGGGGUUACUACAGAUAGCUCCAUCCCAUCCCCAGCAAAUGUUGUCCAUAUCUCCGCCUUCCACACCGAGCCAGAACUCCCAGCAGAAUGGUUAUUCUUCCCCCCCAAAGCAGCCUUUCCAUGCUUCUUGGACAGGGAGCAGCACAGCUGUAUAUACCCCGAACCCUGGGGUACAGCAGAACGGAAGAGGAAACCAGCAACCUCCACUUCACCACCCAAACAACUACUGGCCCCUUCACCAGAGCUCCCCUCAGUAUCAGCACCCCGUGUCAAACCACCCAGGCCCAGAGUUCUGGUGCUCCGUUGCCUAUUUCGAGAUGGAUGUUCAGGUUGGGGAGAUAUUUAAAGUCCCAUCUAACUGUCCCGUGGUCACGGUGGAUGGAUAUGUGGACCCCUCUGGUGGGGAUCGGUUUUGCCUUGGUCAGCUUUCUAACGUGCAUCGCACAGACACUAGUGAGCGUGCAAGGCUUCACAUCGGGAAGGGAGUGCAGCUUGAGUGUCGGGGCGAGGGAGACGUAUGGAUGAGGUGCCUCAGUGAUCACGCCGUGUUUGUUCAGAGUUAUUACUUGGACAGGGAAGCAGGGCGAGCGCCGGGAGAUGCAGUCCACAAGAUUUAUCCGGGCGCCUACAUUAAGGUGUUUGACUUGCGACAGUGUCACCGGCAGAUGCAGCAGCAGGCGGCUACGGCUCAAGCAGCGGCUGCAGCCCAAGCAGCGGCUGUGGCCGGCGCAAUCCCUGGUCCCGGGUCGGUGGGGGGCAUCGCUCCUGCUGUCAGUCUUUCUGCUGCGGCCGGUAUCGGGGUGGACGACCUACGGCGCCUCUGUAUCUUGCGCCUUAGUUUUGUGAAGGGCUGGGGCCCUGAUUACCCUCGGCAGAGCAUCAAGCAGACUCCCUGCUGGAUCGAGGUCCAUCUUCACCGUGCGCUGCAGCUUCUUGAUGAAGUUCUCCAUACUUUGCCAAUGGCAGACCCCAGUUCUGUCAACUAACCAAGACCCCGAGGUCUGUCAGAUUGCCAGUGGCAGACUAACUGUCAACUACCAAAGCCAGGAUGAGACAAGACUCCUAAUUAAGACUCAUCCAGUCCAAAGUGAGCCAAUCAGGAUUCAUCCAAUCAUAUGUUAAGCAAAGACAAAUGUUUGCCAUAGACCUUCCAGUCCUUUGGAGACCCGGCCAAUACAUUGGGCACACGGAUACCUGACGCCCCCUUGGAUCUUCCUGCUGAUUGGUGGAACCAGUAGGAUGGAGGCACAGAACUCCCCCGAGUGGAGCUACACAGGACAUGUGACUUUGGGUGAAGUAGAUGAACUGUGUUUUUAUAGCUGAAAUGCAUUAAAUGUUCCUUAUUUUUUUGGUCAGAAGAUUAUUUUUGGUCUGAUAUUUGGCUUUUUAGUGCCGGGAUGGACUCCCAACAUUUCCCUGACGUUCAAAGGCUAAAUAAAUGCAGAUAUAUAAAUGCUUUUUGUAUGUGCCAGUUAAAAUGAUGUGGCUACCUCAGUUCCUUUAGCCCCCCAUUCCCCCUCCCUUCCCCCUCCAUUGGUACUAACACGUCUAACAGACAAGCAGGAUCUGCUGGUUUACACGGCACACACAUGUUCUACGCUGCUUUCCAAAGCCUGGGGAGAUAUUUGGUGUAUUUUGAUGUCUGUUUUCGGCGAGCGCAUUUUUAUUUUUUGUUGUGGUAUCACUUCUAGGCCAAAUGUGUACAGAUAAAACCAAAAACCACAGCCGUGUGUGCAAAGGUUUCUUUUCACAUAUUAAGAACCUGUCAAAUGGCUUCUGAUGUAUUCUAAAUAAAAUAUUUAUGUACUGUU